UGGAGGAAGCCUCAGCUGGGUGCAAGAAGAGAUGAUCUGCUGCGGGGGGGGGGGAGCCAAAGCACGUGAGUGAGCAUCCCCACGUUACACCGCACGCCCAACGGCCAGAGAAAGCAGGUUUGACUGGGACAGAAUCCAGGGGACCCUGCUGCCUCUUUCUUUCAGCCAAAGAAGCAAGGAGCCAUGGAGAUCCGAACCGAAGAGCUGAAGAAGUUAGUCGGGAGGACCUUAGGACAGCUUAACAGGAUCCUCGAACGGAAGCAGCCUGGUGGGGAGACCAUUGAGCUGACCGAAGAGGGCCGGCCGGUCGAGGUGUCUGAGAAGCACCAGCCCAUCGUCGACUGCACCUGCUGUGGCCUCCCACGCCGCUACAUCAUUGCCAUCCUCUGUGGCCUGGGCUUUUGCAUUAGCUUUGGCAUCCGGUGCAACCUGGGAGUGGCCAUCGUCAGCAUGGUCAACAAUAACACUGUCUACGAAGGGGACAAGGUCAUUGUGCAGAAAGCAGAGUUCAACUGGGAUCCAGAGACAGUGGGCAUGAUUCACGGGUCCUUCUUCUGGGGUUACAUUGUCACCCAGAUCCCAGGGGGGUUCAUAUCACAGAAAUUUGCUGCUAACAGGGUGUUUGGCUUUGCUAUUGUGGCAACGUCCACUCUGAAUAUGCUAAUCCCAUCAGCUGCCCGCGUCCAUUAUGGCUGCGUUAUCUUUGUGAGGAUCCUGCAAGGGCUGGUGGAGGGGGUUACCUACCCAGCAUGUCAUGGUAUCUGGAGCAAAUGGGCACCACCCUUGGAACGCAGCCGACUGGCAACAACAGCUUUCUGCGGCUCCUAUGCAGGGGCUGUGGUGGCUAUGCCUCUUGCUGGGAUUCUAGUCCAGUAUUCGGGUUGGAGCUCUGUGUUCUAUGUCUACGGCAGCUUUGGCAUCUUCUGGUACAUCUUCUGGCUGCUGGUUUCCUAUGAGAGUCCUGCACAGCACCCGACCAUCACAGACGAAGAGAGGAAAUACAUAGAAGAAAGCAUCGGCGAAAGCGCCAGUCUUAUGAAUCCCCUGAUGAAAUUCAAAACGCCGUGGCGCAAGUUCUUCACAUCCAUGCCUGUCUAUGCCAUUAUUGUGGCCAAUUUUUGCCGGAGCUGGACCUUCUAUUUGCUCUUAAUUAGCCAGCCAGCCUACUUUGAGGAAGUGUUUGGUUUUGAAAUCAGUAAGGUGGGUAUGCUUUCAGCCUUACCCCAUCUGGUCAUGACAAUCAUCGUACCCAUUGGGGGGCAAAUCGCCGAUUUUCUGCGAACGCGGAGGAUCAUGACUACCACAAAUGUCCGCAAGAUGAUGAACUGUGGGGGGUUUGGCAUGGAGGCCACGCUGCUCUUAGUGGUCGGCUAUUCCCACAGCAAAGGUGUAGCAAUUUCAUUCCUCGUCCUGGCUGUGGGUUUCAGUGGCUUUGCUAUUUCAGGUUUUAAUGUUAAUCACUUAGACAUUGCCCCACGAUAUGCCAGUAUCCUGAUGGGAAUCUCCAAUGGUGUGGGGACACUGUCGGGUAUGGUGUGCCCACUCAUCGUUGGAGCCAUGACUAAACACAAGACACGGGAGGAGUGGCAAUAUGUCUUCCUCAUUGCCUCGCUGGUGCACUAUGGAGGUGUCAUCUUCUAUGGGAUUUUUGCCUCUGGUGAGAAACAGCCGUGGGCCGAGCCUGAAGAAAUCAACGAAGAAAAGUGUGGCUUUAUCAACGAGGAUGAACUGGCCGACGAGGAGGACGAGGCUGCCCGGAUGGCGGCAGGAGGGGGCGGGGGAGGCGGGGGCUACGGUGCCACCAAAAGCACCAGUUUUGCCAACGGAGGCUGGACGGCUGACUGGGACAAGAAGGAGGAAUACGUACAGGAGCCUGGCAAAGAUUCAUAUAUGUACGGCACACCGGGAGAGCGGGACUUAUCGUAAAGGUGCCCCAUCCCUCGUCCCUUGAGGGAUGCUGGGGCGUUGGUUCAAUCCACUGGAGUGAGGGAGAAAGGCCUGCAUUUAGGUUGCUUCUCCUCCCUCACCUUCACUUGACCGUCCUCCCCUCCUCCCCCCCGCCCCCACAUCAGUUUUGGUGCAUUGGUACAACUGUCUGGACCCACUGAAAACUGCCCCCCCCAAGCUGCCUCCUAUGCCUUGGUAUGACCCAAGGGCGUGUACUUCAGACUCUCCUCCUUCAUUUCCCACAGGCAUUAGUGUGUUGCCAUGGCAGCAACCACACCUCACACCUCAUUCGCUCUCACCCCUCUAGCUGUGGUGCAUUGGUAGGGCUCCCACAACAAGGAGGUGGUGUUCAAUGACACCUCUCUUUCCCCCCUCCCCCAGAUAAAUAGCUUCGGACAAACACAACACUGUGGGCCUGUGUCAACUGAGAGUUGAGAAGGGCCACAGGCUCGGUGGUGCAGCACAUGCUCUUUGCAUGCAUCAUGCCCCAGGUUCAAUCCCUGGCACCUCCAAUUAAAGGAUCUCAAGAUGCAGUGUUGGGGUGUCCUCUGCCUGAGGUCCUGGAGAGUCGCUGCUAGUCCGAGUAGACAGCACUGACACUGAGGGACCACGUCUGACUCUGUGUGAGGCAGCUUCUUACCUUUGACCUUUCCCUCUGGCUUCUCCCCACUGGGAAACGAGAGAGAGCUACAUUCAGUGGUCCGUUCCUUAGCUGGACAACCCCCAUCUCACACCUCACAGUUCCAGCACCUUAGAUAAUGACUCGAGCUUUUUCUUAGACAUAAACAAUUUAUUUCCCUCAGGGAACUAUCUGGGGUGGUUUAUUACCUGAGGGUCACAGAACUGUACGCAGGAGUGGUCCGAGGCACUUUGCUGCCUGAGGCAAAGGACAAUAUGAUGCUCCCCCCAUCUGUGGUGAGUGCAUCAGUGUGCGGGGGACAGUGCUUGCUGCCGCCGCCACCACCCCUUGUCAAACCUGCAUCUGAGGUGACUGCCUGACCCUGCCUCAUUGAAGGGCUGCCCUUAAUUGUAUGCCUUCAGCACCAUGCACCAAAAUCAUCAACCCACACUGAGAAGAGAAGAGCUCACCCUAGUCCUAAAACUGAGCAUCUACUUCCACGUUGAGUAACAGACACUCCAUUUUUCUGAGCUUUCGCCCACCUAAUCACUGCUCAGAAGCACUGCUCUAGCCAUUCUUGAGAAUAUUUCUAAAUACUAGGUGUACUUUUCGGUGUGGACAAUUUGUGAGCCACAAAGGCUUGUUGACAUUCUCAGUUGACAAGCCACAAUCUGUGUGGCGGUUUCCAGUUGCCUGAAAAUGCUUGCCACUGGUAUAAAUAUUUCCAAGAGCUCCCCCCGCCCCCCGACCGCAUUCCAAAGAAAAGUACCAAAAAUUUACAGGGUUGUGUUCACACUUCAUUGUUAUAGCACUUUUAAACUUGGAACGCUUCAAAAUUACUUCAAACAAAACUAAGAAUGCAGACUUCUCCACAUGAGACUUUGGGGGCAGCUAUGGAUAGUUGCACAAUAUAGGCAAUUCCCCAUUGUUGUGGGGAAAUCCUUGUCUAUAUAUGGCUGGUUCAGGUGAUGCCAUCCUGGUGUUCUCUGCCUGUCCUGAUGCCGGUGGAGAACGUCCUGAUACACUCCUGGUGUGUCCCUUUAUUGUGUGGGGAGCUGUUCAUUUGAAUGGCCCCUGAUGCACUCCAAAUACCUAUAGUAUUUGCAGCAUGUGUAGAGGGACCGUUCAGAUUAACAACCCCCCCCCACCAUGAUAAAGGCAUGCACGGCACCAGGAACAUGCUUGGACAUCCCCCGCUGAUGUAAUGAUGGGUACGCUCUCUGCAUGACUUACUUGCUUACGACUAUUAUUUAUAUGCUGCUUUUCAGUGAAAAAAGUUCACAUAGCAGUUUACAUAGGGGGAAAAAUAACAAAACGAUGCUUCCCUGUCCCCCAAAGGGCUACCAGUCUAGAAAGAAACACAAGUUAGACACCAGCAACAGCUACUGGAGAGAUGCUGUGUUGGCCUACUGCUGGGUUUGGAUAGGGACAGUUGCUCUCCCCUUGCUAAAUAGAAGAGAAUCGCCAUUUUGAAAGCUCCCUCUUUGCCUGAUUUGCAGGGGAUGACCCUUACCUAUCACAUGUGCUGGGAUGCAUCAUUCCUAUUGGCCCAAAGAGCGCCUGGAAUGUGUGCCCUCACUUCCUAUUUAAAAGAUUUUAAAUAUCCAUACUAUGCUUAUAACACUAUAAACUAGAGUGCUUAAAAUGCAGUUUUGAAUGACUGUGAAACAUUUUUAAACUGUGGCCACCUCUGUGCUGCAAACAUAAAGCUGUUUGAAACCAUUUCGAACUGCCCUGGCUUCUUCCAAAGCAGCUUGGGAACUGUAGUCUUGUGAGGGAGCUGAUCCCGUGUUAAGUCUAUAAUUCCCAGAGAGCUUUGCUUAGGAUCCAGGACAGCUAAACAGAAUGGAAGCCCGUUUAAGUAUGUUGUAUUGACAUGCCAUGAAUGUGAAUUAGUUACGGAUGUUUUAAGUUUCACAAUGUAUUUCAAGUGCUUUAACUGCCCUCGUGUGAACACAGCUUAGAGUACUGCAACAUAACAUGAGCCAGUGUUACCAGUGGACCCUAGAAUGUUGUUCUAGGACAGGGCUGCAAAAUGUUGGCCCUCCUGCAAAUGCUGGACUACAGCUCCCAUCACCCCUGACUCUUGGCCACUGUGGCUGGGGAUGAUGAGAGUUGUAGCCCAACAAUAGCUGGGGGUGGGGCUGAAGUUGUGCAGUCCUGUUCCAGGAUAUGAGAGACCUGGGAGCCUUUGUGUAAAUUGCUCUCAAUGUAUUCAGUUCUCUCACUUGCAAAAAGAGAAUUGUGGCCUACCUCACAAGGCUGUUGUGAGGAUGAAUGAAAUAGGAUUGUAAGGCAUUCUGCUGCACAGUUCUGUGGAUGAUUCAUAGGGAUCAUAGCCAUGCUUGAAUCAACAGAACUGGUUGUUUCUGAUUCUCCCAUCCUGCAUCACACACAUGCACACACAUGGGUUUUAUGUAAGAAGUCAACUUGCCUGAUAAAAUCAGGGUAUAUGAGCUGUUUGGAAUGUUCCAGAGCACCCCUUUAUCCCAGCAGCCCCAUGUUACAGUCCCCCCAAUCCCAGGGAGGCAUACUCUGACAAUAGCAACAGACUGGUGGUGUCCAGCUCUCAUGCUAUGGGGGGAGUCCACCUUCCCUCUAACUCCUCAGCGCUCCCCCUCUGCCCUCACCCCAUAGUUCCCUCUGUGGGUUGGUUGGUCUGUCUGGCAUUUGCUCUGUACGUGUAACCUCCCUCCUUGGAUAACCCCAACAGUUGGAAUAAAGACCCUGUUCUUGUGUAAAUAUAUAAAUAUAAAUAUUAUAUAUUAAACCAAACAUGGCUGCGGGAA